UAUAUGGUUUUAUAAAGAUUAUCAAUUCAAGAAUCUAUUUGGAUUAUUCGGAUUCAACAAAACGCUCUUAGCCUUUUCAAAAUUACAGUUCGAUCUUUUUCUCUUUAUCUCCAAGUUCCUUCCAUCAAUGGAGACUGAUAAAGAUUCUUCUUCACCAUCUGUUGAAGCUCAAGAUUUUCCUCAGGAACCCAAAUUUCAAUCAGUCGGUGGACAAGAAAUAAAAUUUCAAGUGGGGUACAGAUUUUGCCCCUAUGAUCAUGAACUCCUCAAUGACUACUUGAAGAAGAAGCUUGCCAAUGAGUGUUUACCGGCUAAUCGGAUCUUUGAAGUUAACCUCUACAAAUUUAACCCGGAAGACCUUUCAGAGAGAUACAAACUGCCCGGAGAAAAAGAAUGCUAUUUUUUCACUCCAAGGGAUAGAAAAUACAAGAAUGGAAGUAGACCGAAUCGAGCCGCCGGAGAUGGAUAUUGGAAGGCCACCGGAGCCGAUAAGCGUGUGAAAGACAAUAAUAACAUCCAUGUUGGAUACAAAAAGUCUUUGGUUUUCUAUAGAGGAAAACCUACAAAAGGGACUAAGACUAAUUGGAUUAUGCAUGAAUUUCGACUCAAUGAACCUCCUCCAUGUACCAGAAGAGGUGCCGAUGACAUGAGGUUGGAUGAUUGGGUUAUCUGUAGAAUUUAUGAGAAAGCUGUUAAAGGCAAUUACAAAAGCAAGACUACUCGGAUUGAUGAUGAAGAUCAAGAAGAACCUGAAGAUGAAGAUGAAGUUGAAGAACAUCAAGAUAAUCAAGAAGAAACAAAACAUGAUAAUUCAGGUCCUGGUGAGUAUACAGAGUUUGAAAAAAUUGUUGCUCAACCAAUUGACAACUACUACAACCACAACUUUGUGCAUAGGGAUUUUUAUGCAAAUAAUGUGAUUUAUGAAACAUAUUUGGGUAAUCAACUCGAUAUCGAGAAUCAAUUUCCAUAUGAGAACCAACUGCUACCAGCAAUGGAUAAUCAGCACCAAAUUAUGGAUUAUGGUAACCAGAAAGUGCAUCAUCAUCUACCAGCUUUGAUGAAUGACAAUGAUUUUGGAAUGUUGGGAAGUCUCUAUACAGCAAACAUGGUGGACCAACCAUCUUUCAAGGUACCUCCCAGCAGCAUAUUUAGGACCAAGUAUCUAAGUAAUUUAAAGAGUCUCCCAGAAGACCAAUAAAAGGGAUUCUUUUAAGGGUCCACUUUAAUUUUUUUUUUUAUUUCCUACUAUGUUCAUCACGAAUUUACUUGCAAAUUUUGAAAUUUUGCCUGUUUGGAUUUAAUAGGAUUUCUAAACAUGGUUUUUAAGCUAGUUCAGUUAAAUUUUGGAUGGUUGGUG